GCGGACGGACCGAGUCCCGCUCAGACGCACAGCUCCCUGCCCUGACAGACGGACUCCAGCACCCCCCGUGGGACUCACUACUGCCCGCUCCCCUCCCCCAGUCCGCGGUGCAGGUGGACACCCCCCCCCCGCCGACCCCUUGGCUUUCAUCAUGGGGGACAUGAAAACCCCAGACUUCGAUGACCUUUUGGCUGCUUUUGACAUCCCAGACCCAACUAGCCUUGAUGCCAAGGAGACCAUACAGUCAACUGGUGAAGAGAACGAAAAUCACUUAAAGCCAUCAGGAAUUUGUAUAGAUGAAAAUGUGUCCUUGUCCCACUCAGUGCCGGCUCCUGAUAUCCCUGUAGUGAGUGUUAUUGUGAAGAACACAAGUCGUCAGGAGUCCUUUGAAGCAGAGAAGGAGGGCAAUCCCCUUGGAGCUGGUCUGUUACACAAUGGGUUCCGUGGGUCUGAUCUGCCAUCAGAGGCUCACAACUUAGUGCACAAUUUUGGGAAAUUUGAUUCUGCUUUUAUUAAUGGUGAUAGUUUGAAAAACUAUUCUGAAAAACUGGACCAAUCAAAGUCAGAACCUUUACCCACAUUCAGUCAGUUCAGCCCUAUCUCCAGCCCUGAACCGGAGGAUGCUUUCAAAGAAAACAGUAUUGAUGAUAAUAAACCAAAACAUGCCCAAACUCCAUAUUUCCCACCAACUCCAAUGUAUAUUCCAUCUGCGGCUUCAGUUCUAGAUUCACUUAGGAAGGUACCAGAGCCAGAAUUGAGUAUGUUUGAUCAAUAUUGUAAAAAAGAACAAAAGAUGGAGAUUCAUAGCCAGCAAGAAAAUAGGCUGGAAUUGAGCAGAAAAGAACAAGACAGAGUAGCAGAGAAGUUAGUAGAAUCCAGCAAAGAUCUAGUGGAUACCAACAACUUCCUUGGAGAAGGCUUGGCAUUUGGAAGCUUCCACAACAAUAACUUGAAGGAAAGCAGAGAGUCUAUGCCUGAGGUGAACUUUUCUUCAUCAAUCCCACCUCGCCAACGUCUAAAGCCAGCUCACUCAAAAUUGUCAUCUUGUGUUGCUGCAUUAGUGGCUCUUCAGGCCAAAAAAGUUGCAUGUAUUCCAAAAGAAGAUCAAACAAGUCUUACAAAAGAACCUUCUGGCCACUUUAAGGAUGGCAUGAAAGGAAGCCCCAAAAUGCCCAAGUCACCAAAGAGCCCAAGAAGCCCCCUAGAGGUAGUAAAAAAGACCAACAAGCAGCCUGAGAGUCCUCGGAGUGUGUGCAGUGAUAGUAGUGGAAAAGGCUCUCCCUCCGUGGCAGCUGGCUCUCCGCCGGCUAUUCCCAAAGUUAGAAUAAAAACUAUUAAGAUGUCUUCUGGUGAAAUUAAAAGAACUGUAACUAGAAUCUUGCCAGAAGCUGAAGAGUUGGGCAAAUCUCCUGAGGAGUCAUCUGCAGAAGGUUCGGCCACAGAAGAGUUUACUAAGUCCUUCCCUUCACCUGAUACUAGUGCAGUCAUGGAAAAUGAGGCAAGCAAGAGUUCCACCAAAAACGCAGCUGCCACAGCUAUUCAAGUGUCAAAUGUUGCGAGUCCCUGUAUAGAUGAUAUGAAAACAGAGAUUACUGACAACAGCACACCCAAAGUGUCUUCAUCUCCACUGCCAAACUGUGGCAGUGAUGCCAUAAAAAUAGGUAAUGUAGGACAGCAGCCCAACAAGAGGCAGCAUCAGGAUGCUGUGACGCAACCAUCUAACCCCACCACUUCCAGCCUCCUUCCCAAAGCCGUACAUCUAGCAAAUCUCAAUUUAGUUCCACAUAGUGUUGCUGCUUCUGUCACAGCAAAAUCAUCUGUGCAAAGGCGAAGUAAGCCUCAGCUAACCCAAAUGUCAGUGCCACUGGUGCAUCAAGUAAAGAAAGCUGCUCCUGUAAUUGUGGAGGAAUUUAAUAAAGUACUAAACAGUAACAAUCUUGUGUCAGUGUAUUCUCCAAACCUCAGCCCACCACCUGACAGUAAUAUUCAGUUACCUGCAUCUGGGUAUUGUUGCCUGGAAUGUGGAGAUUCAUUUGCCUUAGAAAAAAGCUUAACUCAACACUAUAGUAGGCGAAGUGUCCACAUUGAAGUCAUGUGUACUCAGUGUUCAACUCUGCUGCUGUUCUUUAACAAGUGUAGUUUGCUUAAACAUGCGAGAGAGCACAAGAGCAAAGGAUUGAUUAUGCAAUGUUCUCAGCUGUUAAUGAAACCAAUUUCCUUAGAUGAAAUGUUUUCAGCUUCUACAAACUCUUCAGUGUCUUUGGCCUCUCAGACUUUGCAUUUCCCAGCUCCUUCAUGUAAACCCAGUGCUACAUCAGGAAGUGGGACAGGAACCUCUAUCAACACUCACCCAGCCAUGCCUCUGUAUGCAGACCCAUUGAGACUAAUCCGUCAUGGACUAAAGUGUCUCGAAUGUAACAAGCAGGCACAGGAUUAUGUUGCUCUAGCUGCACACUUCCAGAGAACCUCGGAAGAUAAUGAGGGACUGGAGAAAAGCACUAUCAAGUGUGAAAUACGAGUUUACCAUGAGAGGGUUCAUCUCCUACCCAACAAAAGAAGGCCUAUUGAUAUCAGACAAGCCGUGGUGGAAUUUCUGUGGAUGAAAGACUUUGUUUACUUCCCCCCGCACCCAGGAAGUGGAGUCAUGCACAAACCCUCAUCCCAUCAGCUUGAGCUCUGGACUUGUCAAGUGUGCCAGAUGAUGCUGCCUAACCAGUGCUGCUACUGUGCUCAUCAAAGAAUCCAUACUCACAAGUCCCCUUACUGCUGCCCAGAGUGCGGGACACUGUGCCGAUCAGCCCAUUUCCAAACCCAUGUCAAGGAGAAUUGCCUACAUUACUCUCGCAAAGUUGGAUACAGGUGUAUCCACUGUGGAGUUGUCUUUAUGUCACUAGCUAUGCUGAAAGUGCACAUUCACGAGAAACACUGCGAAGUCUUCCACAAAUGUUCUUUUUGUCCAAUGGCUUUCAAAUCUGCAGACAGUACCACUGCCCAUAUUACUAGCCAGCAUCCAGAAGAGCCUCACAAGACUACUCAGGUUAUCUACAAAUGCUCUUGUGAGACUGUCUUUAACAAGAAGAAGCUGCUCCAGGAGCACUUCCAACAGAAUGCCAACAAGCUGUUGGUGGGAGUAUUUAAGUGUCCGCAGUGUCAAUUAGUGUAUAUGCAGAAACAGCAAUUAAUGCAGCAUGUCAAGGCUGUUCAUGGGGUCCCCCCAUAUCCUGAGGAUGUCUCUAACCUUCGACAGAAGCCUCAGACAACAUCCAGCAGCCAAGUUCUUGCACCACCAAAGGAGUUGUCAGUACCCAAUGGUACUUCCCAUACUACUUUGCCAAGGAAGGACACAAGAGUGGAAAACAACUCAGAAUCAAAACCCAUCUUGAAAAGUGUUGGUUGGACUUGUAGGGAGUGUUCACAAUGGAACCCUGAUCGGGAGAACUAUGUGUCCCAUAUGAAGAAAAGCCACGGAAAGUCUGUGAAGAGAUAUCCCUGUCGGCAGUGUGAGCAUUCGUUCAAUGACUUCAGCAGUCUGGGCAGACACAUUCGCAAUAACCAUGAUACAGCAAAGAAAGUUUACACUUGCUGGUUCUGCACGGAUGAAAAUCGGACAUUUCCUCAGCCUUCCAUGCUGGAGAAUCACAUCAGCCUCAUGCAUGGCAUCAAAAACCCAGACCUGUCCCAGAUGUCCAAAGCAAAAGCUCCAGAGUGUGACUCAACAAAAGCAAAAUCUCCAAAGAGAGUGUCUGCAGAUGCUCCAGGACAGAUGGAAACCACUGAAGUUCCACCAGCCAAAAAACUGAAGGCACAUUGGAAAUGUGCUAAAUGUGGAUUUGCAACAGAUAUCAGUACUGAAUUUCAGGAACACAUACCUCAGCACAAGGCGGACAACUCCACUUCUCAAUGCUUGCUCUGUGGCUUGUGUUAUACAUCUCACAUCUCUCUGAACAGGCACCUGUUUAUUGUUCAUAAAGUAAAAGAUCCAGUAGAGGAGGAGGAGGAGGAGGAAGAGGAAAGGGAAAAGUUACAGACAGAGACAAAUGAGAAUGGACAUGAAGAGUAUAAUAGAGAGACGAACACUACAGUGGAAGGAGAAGAAAAUAGUUUGAAAUGCAAAAAGUGCAAGAGUGACUCAGUGCUUUGUGCACACAGUCAGAGGUGUGGCGUGGAGGAUUCCAGUAGCAAUUCUCACAACAAUCAUUCAAAUGCUACUAAGAUUUAAGAAAAGAAAAUUUUUUACUCAAAAUAUUGGGUGGGAAUCAAGCUGAUCUUUGAAAUAUCCUGUUUAUUUCUUGAGCUGGACUGUGCUUUCCAUUAACUUUUCUAAUUUGUAAGGGAAAUAAAAACUGCUUCCACCUCCACAGCACUGAAUCUCUGCCAGAUCAGAGGUGAAAAGAGAAAGCAGGACAAGAAUCCCUGCUGGAACUUGUCUAACUCCUAAGGAUGUAGGAGCACUUUCCGAAGCUGCAGUUUUCUUUCUGAAAAUGAGCUCUCUUCCUUGAGUAUGCACUGCCUUUGCCUGGAGCUCUAGCCUUGCCUCCUUUCUUUUAGUUUUAUUUCUAGUAUUUAAAUUCCCCUUCCAACCUUCUGCUUUAUCAUUCAAAUCCAUAAGACUAUGUGUCAACCAAAUACACUUGUCAGGACAGUACAAACCUACGUUAAAUACUCUUCCAUCAUGCAGCAGAUGCAAACCACAGCUUUUUCAUUGCCCUAGAACAGGGAUGGACAAACUUUUUGGCCCGAGGGUCACAUCUGGGUAUGGAAAUUGUAGGGCAGGCCAUGAAUGCUCACAAAAUUGGGGGUUGGGGUACGGGAGGGCUCCAGCUCGGGUGUGGGCUUUGGAGUGGGGCUAGGGAUGAGGGGUUGGGGGUGAAGGAGGGUGCUCUGGGCUGGGACCUAGGGGUUCAGAGGGCGGCAGGGGGAUCAUUGCUGAAGCAGGGGCUUGGGGCAUGGGAGGGAGUCAGAGUGGCAGGCUCUGGGUGGUACUUACCUCAAGCAGCUCCCAGAAACAGCAGCAUGUCCCCGCUCCAGCUCUUAUGGGGAGGUGCGGCCAGGCAGUUCUGUGUGCUGCCCUAUCCACAGGUGCUGUCCCUGCAGCUCCCAUUGGCUGUCGUUCCUGGCCAAUGGGAGCUGUGGGGUGUGACACUUUGGGUGGGGGCAGCAUACGGAGCCCUCUGACUGCCCCUAUGCAUAGGAGCCGGAGUAGGGAUAUGCCGCUGCUUCCGGGAGCCAUGCAGAGUGGAGCAAGACCCUGAGCUCUGCUCCCCAGCUGGAGCACCAGGGCAGGGCAAGCCCCAGACCCCACUUGCUGGCGGGAGCUCAAGGGCUGGAUUAAAACGUCUGGAGGGCCGGAUGUGGCCCCCAGGCCAUAGUUUGCCCACCUUUGCCCUAGAAAUAUGCCAGGUUCAUCUUCUAGUCUUUCCCUGAAUGUUACUGAAUCAAGUUGUGUUAUAAAUUUAAAUCACCAUAGAAGAGAUGUAUUGUGCAACCUCAGUUAUCUUUUUAAUUGUUUAUAUAAGUAUUGCUAAAUCAUCUAUAUUUGUAAGUGAUUUACAAAGCACAAGAUCUCACACAGCAACAAGGGCCAUCUACACUGGGGAGUUAAAGAUACCAAUGUAGCUGCAUUGCUGCAAACCCUGCUGAAGACAGAGCCAAUAUAAGAUUCAGUUAGCACCUGUGCAGUUUGUCCCAGUUUCAGACAAGAAUAAUCUGCACAGUGCAUAUUGCAGCACAUAAGAGCUUUCCUUGUCUGCACUAGGGAGGAUGCACCAGUACUUCAGGGACAGCUGAAAUCCCCAGGAUAGACAAAUAUAACCUGCCUGUGGCUGUAUCAGCUGGAGUGGUACAGACUAUAUACUUUCAAUCACAGGAAUGAGAAACUCUGCAAGAGAAAUGUACUUAAUCUGCUGUAGUUUUAGCUCCUUGUUUGGAAGAAAAAGAUACUGAGGCAGAUACUGUGAUUACAGUAAGAAAAGUCAGUCUGUUAACAUCAGUAUGUAUAUCCUUCUGUGCAGCAUAUAGCUAAAUCAAUCUCAUAGCACUACUAGCAGCAGUUCUAGUAGCACGGAAUGUUCCAUACGCAUGAUCAGGCAAGGAAGAGAGUGGCAUCCAUAAAUGUUUGAACUGAGAGAGCACCAUACUGUAAUGCUUCCAAUACUCUUGCUCCUUUGAUAGCAGAUCUCCCAUCUUUACUCAAUUUUAUAAAUUACUUUGGAGACUUUUUAUUUCCAUAUAGUCAUAUUGACUCUUCACUGUUUCUGUGCUGUUUCCUUAUUUGUUCUCUUCACAUGCUUUGUGUAAUAUAAUUACUUCAGUACAGUUUUUAUGUUGAGACAAAAUCCUGCUCAUUAUUGUUCACUAUGACAUUUAAAUAAUUUAAAAACUAUUUAUCUUAUUGGAUUUGAAUUGCUUACUUUCUUGUCUUGAUGUGUUUUGAUACAAACAGUUUGGAACUCUUUGUAUUUUUUGAUACUGUGUACGUUAGCCUAGGGAAUGUUUUACAAGGUAGCCUAUGUAGAGUAACAAUAGCAGGGGUCACUCCCAAACCAUCACAUAUCUAUUUAAUCUGCAGUGGCAUUUGUGCCUUGCUAUGUUUACUUCAAACUAUUUCAAAUAAAAGCAUCCAACAACAUG